AUGAGCGAAUAUAUUGGAGACAAUUCCAGGACUGGAAGCAGCGAUGAAAGUGGCCCUUUUGACGAGUGGAUUCCAUCGUUUUGUGCUCGUUUUGGUCACGAAUAUUUCUGUCAAGUUCCCACAGAGUUCAUCGAAGACGACUUCAACAUGACAGGACUCGCGCAGGAAGUGCCACACUACCGGAAGGCACUAGACCUAGUGCUGGAUCUUGAGGCUAUGAGUGACGAAGAAGGCCAAGACUCCGAAGAGCCAGUUAGUCGCAGCAUCGUGGAGCACGCCGCAGAACAACUUUUCGGUCUUGUCCACGCUCGCUAUAUUCUAACAAAACCAGGCCUGCAAGCCAUGGCCGAAAAGUUUGACCACAAAGAGUUUGGCACAUGUCCUCGAUAUUACUGCGCCGGCAUGCAAAUGCUACCCUGCGGGCUCACAGACAGUCUUGGAAAGCUCACGGUCCGCCUGUACUGCCCGAGCUGCCAGGAUCUAUACCUACCACAAUCGUCCCGUCAUUUAUGUUUAGAGGGUGCUUUCUGGGGUACAUCGUUCCCGGGAGUCUUUCUCAAACACUUCAAGGAAUUGGAAGACUACGUGGAUCGCAAGACUAAAGAGACGUACCAACUGCGCGUUUUUGGGUUUUGCAUCUCAGACGAGGCUCCCUCAGGCUCUCGUAUGCGCUGGCUAAGACAAUAUCCCAAAACAGAGGAAGAGUUGGCAGAGCUUGAAGCAUGUGAAUUUCAGAUUCCUGAGGUGCAAUAA